ACCAUUACGGGGGAGAGAGAGAUUCAGCUUCAUCAGACUGUCAGGAGCUAGCUGCAGGAUAAUCAGCGAGAGAAAAAGAGUGAACGAAGGAAGCCCCUUCUCACCAUGGAGUCUUAUCACCAUCAUCACCACAGCUAACAGCAGUGAUUAGAAAGAGAGUCAGGCUGCAGAAAUCGCAGAGACCAGCUGCGAACAACACCAUCAUCCUCCAACUCAGUGACACAUUGCACAUUUGGCUUUGUUAACUGAAGCACUCCAGAAGGGUUCCGAAUGCCAGAAAGGUUGGACAUGUUGCAGGAGAAGCAAAGGAUCAUUACCUGACAGGGCCAUACAGAUGGCUUGUCCCUGAUUAACCCAACGAUAGCUCCGAGCCACCCAUCUGGGUGUAACAGUGAUAGAGCGUGGAGCAGUACAGAAUAGUUUGCUGCACUCUGAAAAGUGGGAGAUCACACAGGCUUUUCAUGUGGAGCGAAACACACUGUCUGCCUGAGCAAGUCCCGAGUAACUGGCCAAACAGCAAAACCCAGAAGAAAAGCUGGCGUGGGUUUAGAAAGCAGAACACAUCCGUCUAAUUAGUUCUGCUGCACAUGGAGGAGAAAAAUGUUUUUUAGCCUUGUUGUAAUCUCUUGCUUGAAAGUGUAUUAAGGAAGUUGAAUGGCAUCUACGAACGUAUGGAGGUCUUGUGAGCAGACAGUGCUUUCAUCUGCACGUCUUGAUUUACCUCUUUUUUUUUGAGCACAUAUCAAUAGUCACCUUGGCAACAGCUCUCUCGCAGACAUACCUCUUCAUGAAAAUAAGAGACGCACAAGAGAUGCUAUAAAUUUCUGAAGCAGAUAUCUGGGCUCCGGUUAAUACAAAACAAGACUUUUUGAGAGAUUUGGUUUGUGGCUCACAGUGUGAGAUUAAAUCAAACAGCAGUUUAACCGAAUUAAUCGAAUACCCUAUCAUGGAGAAAUCAAGCUGCUUGCUUAAUCUCUCUGAGGACUGAGGAACUAAUGAGUGAGCUGGCCACUGAUUCGAGGAGUCUGAUUCUGUCAAGCUUGUUCCAAACGAUGGUGGAGCUUCUUUUUAACUGUCACUGUAUCUGAGGCAAAAGGAGAUUUAGCAGAACCUUCAACUGUGAUUGCAAAGGGGAGGAGAGAAGUAAGUAAAAGCAGAGACUGAAUGUCUGACUGAAAGAGGAAUUACCAGCAAGCAGUCUCUGUUGAGAAUGUUUAUGUGCUUCGUGCCAGUGUUUAGUGGAAAAGCUGAAGCAUUCUCUGUGGAUCUCCAAUUAAAACCAACAGCAAGCCUCCAUUAAAUUAGACAGGGAUAAACAGUGCAGUUGAUUUUUGGCAUUCUUCCACUUUUGACCUCUGCCCUCUCUGCUGAAGUCACUCAACAAUACAUGAGAAUCAGCAACGAGGACUUCUUGUCACAACCAAAGGUCCAAGCCCAAAGUACAUCAGGGUGACAAUGAAGUGCUCACUUCGGGUAUUUAUCCUAUUCCUUGUGCUGCUCGUUGCCUUUCUGACUUCACUGUUUUUCACCUACACGCUGACAGGUGUGACCAACAUGGCCUACCUGGAGACCCAGGGUGUGGAAGAUGCCCAUCGGGUCAAGCUAGUGCCCAGCUACUUGGGCAUGCAGAAGUUGAGCAAGGAUCUUGUGGGUCAGAAGACGUGUGCUUGUGAUCAUUGUGUGGGUGACCCUGGUGUGUCACAGUGGUUUGAUAAACACUUUGAUCAGGAUAUUCUACCGCUUUGGACAAAAGCAAACAUGAAGUUGGACCCCGAUGUAUACAACUGGUGGGUGAUGCUUCAGCCACAGUUCAAACCACACAACCUGAAGGAUGUUUUGUCUAAACUCUUCCUCAUUGUGCCCGGAGAGAAUCCAUACAGCUCAUGGAACCAUUCCCGCUGUCGGCGCUGUGCAGUGGUGGGGAACUCUGGAAAUCUACAUCAAUCUCAUUAUGGAGCAGACAUUAACUCACAUGAUUUCAUCAUGAGAAUGAACCAAGCUCCAACAAUCGGCUUUGAAGCAGACGUGGGAAGCCGCACAACACAUCACUUCAUGUACCCAGAGAGUGCAAAAAAUCUCCCAGCAAACAUCAGCUUUGUCUUGGUUCCCUUUAAGACUUUGGAUCUCUUGUGGAUCACCAGUGCCCUGUCAAUGGGUGAGAUCAGAUUCACCUAUGCACCUGUCAAACAGUUUCUACGGGUGGAUAAAGACAAGGUGCAAAUCUACAACCCAGCAUUUUUCAAGUAUAUCCAUGACAAGUGGACAGAACAUCAUGGGAGAUAUCCGUCCACUGGAAUGCUGGUCCUGUUUUUUGCUCUCCAUAUCUGUGAUGAGGUGAAUGUGUAUGGAUUUGGUGCUGAUAGCAGAGGAAACUGGCACCACUACUGGGAGAACAACAGAUACGCUGGAGAAUUCCGAAAGACCGGAGUGCAUGAUGCAGAUUUUGAGGCAAAAGUAAUAAAUUUGCUGGCUGAAUCUGGAAAAAUCAAAGUUUUCCGAGGAAACUGACAAAAAAGUUAAUUAUGCAGUUGAUAUUUUUUAAGAGGAGGACGUGGACUUCACAAUAAUUUGCUGUUUCUCCUCACCAUGUGGAUAUGUGACAAUUACCCCUUAAUCAUAUAGUGAACUUUUUUUUAUCAUGUUGAAAAAUCAAACAGAACUUGAAUGAAGAAAACAGAACAGCUGCUAAUUUGGUAUUACCUUCAAAAGUUCACCAAGUCAAAAAUGGCAUCACUUCAUUGGUUCAAUUUCAAGAUGGCUGACCAGCAACUGGUGACUGAUGGGUAGCUGGCUCAGUAAUGCAAUGUACUAUCAGAGAAUUUAGGUGUUGCCAAGGACAAUUUUAAUGUUUGAGUUGAGAGGUAAAGUUAGGGACGAAUGUGACUACAUAUUGCCCAAGUAUAGUGAUCGGGGAUGGGGUGGUUG